UUGUUGCGGCAUUUCAGAGCAACACGACCACGACAUAAAAUAAAGUAAAUAAGAAAUUUACAUUUUGCGUUUUUACAAAUUCCUCGCAUAAAAUGAACAAAAUGAAGAAACCUAAAUCUAUAAAGCCACCAAUGCCAAUAGUUACACCCACCACUAACUCGAAUAACAGCGAUAACGACACGCAAUUUGAGUUGGAACUUUGCUGGUGUGUACAACAGCUAGAGAAUGCCUUAAAUUCGGGAAAAUUAUCACAAAAAGUUGCCGAUGAUACGGUUAAGAAUUUAAAAAUUCUUAAAGGUAACAGUGCCCCAUUAAUUAAAAAACGCCAGGUUAUGAAGUCGGCUAUGGGUGAUUAUCGUGCAAAAAUGAAGGAUGAAGAGAAGAAAAUGGGCUUAGCUUCUAAACAAAUAAAAUUUACAUCUGCUGCUCAAACGAAUACAAAAUCUAGUUUUGUGAAAAAAUCUGCCAUACUAACAACGGGCAAGGAUUUCAAAUUCAACUUUAACGCCGCCAACACAGCAGAAAAUCAGACACAAGAAGUGGAUGUAAAAGAAGAUCAUCCGAAAGAAGCAACUAAUAGCUCCACGAUCAAUACAAAGAAUUUGGAAUUGUCUUCUGGUAAUGGGUUUAAGUUUAAUUUUGCCAUAGAUGAAGUAAAUAAUGAAAUGAAGUUUGAUGAAUUAUCCAUUAAAUAAAAAAGGAAAAUACACAGUUUUUUACAUAGUAUAAAAA